UUUCUUUUUGAAAUAAAUCUUAUCAAAGAGCCGUUAUAGUUGGGGGCAAGACGCAAGCCGCGGACCAAGGCAGCGAACCGGCAGCGGCGGCGACGACGACGAGCCGAGCAUCGUUUGUCGACUGGUAUGGCAAAGCGGAGCAGCUGUGAGACGUGUCGUAAUGAGAACGCUCGUCGCUACCGUUUCUUGUACCCCAGGUUGGAGGAUGUUCGUUUGCAGAGAGGCGGGGGGCGCACUGCUCCGCGUGGGCAUCCGACGAAUUGGUUCUUACCUCUUUCUGGGGUGUGUGCUGUGCAGUUGCAAUUGCAAAUCUCCCUUUUCCAAAUCAUAGCGUUUGCUUCAAAAAAAAAAGGCCACGUCCGUCCCACCGGACUUUUGUCUCCAAGUCACACACAUACACAAUAGCCGGCCCCCCUUUUUUUAUUUUCCCUCGAUUAGAGCAGAGCCGAGCGUUCGGGUCCGGAUCCUCCGAAGAAGGCGUUCGCGAGUUCACAAACACACACACGUCCAAAUACAACACGGCAAAUAUGUAU